AUGCUGUGUUAGCCAGACCUCAGACAAUUCGCUGACUGUGACCGUGUGAGUUACAGUGUCUCUGUCCAACAAGCUCUCGAUCAAGGACGUCCAGCUCAAGGGCAAGAAAGUGCUCAUCCGGUACGUGCGGCCUGCUCGCUUGAGCUGGUGCCCGCCCUCCUCCCCACCACCGUCCACGGGCUCACAAGGCUGAGUGAAAUGUCACGCCAUCCACAGAGUCGACUUUAACGUCCCUUUCGAUGGACCCAAGAUCACCAACAACCAGGUCAGUGGGUGCGGCAGCAUGUCGUGUCUCUUCUUGUCGGUGGCUCUCUGCGGCGUCAAGUCUCCGAAAUCGAUGCCCAGCCCACGACGACGGUGGAGGGCAUCGAUGAACGGCGCAUGAAUACCCAUUGCGCAUGGAUACCCACUGCGCAUGUCGAGACGCACUUGAGACUGCGGUGUGAUGCUACGACGCUACCAGCCCUUUAUGAUGCUGGACCGAAUCAAAAGAGAUCGCUAUUGCAUCAUUGCGUACGAGCUAGGCGCCCCGUUGUUGGCACUGGAGCUGACCCAACCAAUACGUGCCCCUAAACCUGCACUCCUCAUCUGGUGACCCUGCACCCUCUCUCACUCCAAUCCCGUGCCAUGCAUGGUCCCAUUUCGAGCCCACAGCGCAUCGUCGCUGCCAUCCCCACGAUCAAGCACGCCCUCGACCAAGGUGCCUUGGCCGUCGUGCUCAUGUCCCACCUCGGUCGACCGGACGGCCACGUCGUACAGAAGUACUCGCUCAAGCCCGUCGCCAAGGAGCUCGAGUCGCUCUUGUCCAAGUCCGUCACCUUCCUUCCCGACUGCGUUGGUGAGGAGACCGAAAAGGCCGUUGCCGACGCCAAGGACGGCGAGAUCAUCUUGCUCGAGAACCUGCGCUACCACGCCGAGGAAGAAGGCUCGUCCAAGGACAAGGACGGCAAAAAGACCAAAGCUGACCCCGAGGCCGUCAAGAAGUUCCGAGCGAGCCUGACCAAGCUCGGUGACGUCUACGUCAACGACGCCUUCGGUACCGCCCACCGAGCGCACUCCUCCAUGGUCGGCGUCGACUUGCCCCAAAAGGCCGCCGGUUUGCUCAUGACCAAGGAACUCGAGUACUUUGCCAAGGUCCUCGAGGAGCCGCAACGCCCCUUCUUGGCCAUCCUUGGUGGUGCUAAGGUCUCUGACAAGAUCCAGCUGAUCGAGAACCUCCUCGACAAGGUCAGUCCGCAUACAUCUAAGGCCCAUCCCAGGAUUUAAACUGACCGACAGGGGAUUGGACUCGAUGCAGGUCAACUCGUUGAUCGUCUGCGGUGGUAUGGCCUUCACCUUCAAGAAGACGCUCGAGAAGGUCGAGAUCGGUACCUCCCUGUUCGACAAGGACGGUGCCGAGAAGGUUGCCGAGUUGGUCGAGAAGGCCAAGGCCAAGAACGUCGAGCUCGUCUUCCCCGUCGACUACAUCACCGCCGACAAGUUCGCCAAGGACGCCCAAGUCGGCACCGCGACCGACAAGGAGGGUAUUCCCGAGGGAUGGAUGGGUCUCGAUGCCGGAGAGGAGUCGCGCAAGUUGUUCGCUGAGGCCAUCAAGAAAGCCAAGACGAUCCUGUGGAACGGCCCCGCCGGUGUCUUUGAAUUUGACAACUUUGCCAAGGGCUCCAAGGCGACGUUGGAUGCCUGCAUUGAGGCCAAGGAGAAUGGCGCUACUGUCAUCGUUGGAGGUGCGUUACGGCGUCUACACUACUUUGAGGAUCACACAGCUGAUGCGAUUGCUUGCUUUCGCCUCUGCAGGUGGUGACACGGCCACCGUUUGCGCCAAGUAUGGCGCCGAGGAGAAGCUCUCGCACGUCUCGACAGGUGGUGGAGCCUCGCUCGAGCUCCUCGAGGGCAAGGUGAGUGUCUUUGAGAAGUGUCACAGUCUGCGACAUAUACAUGAGCUGACCGUGCCGCCUUUCAACUCUCACAGGAAUUGCCCGGUGUAAAGGCCCUUUCCGAGAAAUGA